AUGGGGCAAAGUAAUACAAAACACAUCCAUACUAUUUUUGAUAAAACAAAUCCAGAGAAAUUUAAUGAAACAGACUUAUAUUUAGAACUUCUACAUUCCGAUGGUAAUCUCAAACAAUGUGACUUUUAUUUUAUUAAGCAUAUUAUAGAUAAUGUAGAAAAUGUGACAGUGUUUUUUAAAUUUUUAAUAACAACCCUAGAAAAGGUUUUGACAGGGAAGAAUGAUAAAUAUGUUAGUGAUUGUAAUGUGUGUGUAAAAAUAUGUUUGUUGGUUUUUCCAGUACUUCAAUACAAUUAUAAAAAAAAAGAAAUCUUUGAUUUAAUGUGGAGAGAAAAUAAUAUAGAAAAUUUAGUAUGUACAAAUUAUGGUUGUAACAAUAUUUUGAUAUUACAUAUUUUUAAUUUUUUAUUAAUAAUCCUUUUUACUGAAAAUAUAAGUAUUAAUAGUCGAAAUCAAAAUGGUCAUAAUAAUUAUGAACAUGCAGGUAAUAUUGUACUAGCUAAAAAUACUAUUGAUAUUUAUAAACUUUGGCUAGUCAAAUUAGUAACAUAUGAAGAUAAUGCUGAAACUUCAAAUAUUAUUACAACUAAUAAUAGGAAUACUACUUUUACAAAUUCGAUAAAUGAAUAUAAUAAAUUAGACAAUGAAAAUGAAAAAAAUAAACAUGUGGAAAUUGAAAAAGAAAUGGAUAAUGAAAUAAAUAAAAUUGAUGAUUGCACAAAUAAAAAUAAUUCACUAGUUAAUGAUAGUAAUGAAAGUAAUGAAAAUAAUAAAUACAUAUUUACAAACGAUAUAAAAUAUGUUGAAUAUUGUGAAGUUAGCAAUUUAAGCAAUGAUAGAAAAGAUCAUGACAAAGAUAUGAUUAAAUAUAAUAACACUAUUGAUUUAAAUUUAAUUAACAAUAGAAUAAAUAUAUUAAAAUGUUUGUUAAUACUUUUAAGUUCCUAUAUGUAUAAUGAUAAUAAUAAUUAUUUAGAAGAAAAAAACAUGUAUUUAUAUCUUUUUACUAGUGGAGAUAUAUAUUUUAGUUCUAACUUUUUUAUAUCAUUAUUAAAUGUAAUUUAUGAUAACGAGUUUAAUUAUUUCAGUUUUUAUUUUUAUAAUGACACAUACCUAGAAUUUUAUAAUUUGUGUAUUCAUGUUUUAAAUAUAUUAAUCGAUUUUAAUCCAUUUAUUCUACAAAAUGAUAAAAAAGUUCAUUAUAUAAAUAGUGCUCUAGACUAUUUCUUUUCAGUCAAAAAAAUUGCCUAUAAAGGAAAAAGGCAAACAUGUAAUAAAGAAGACAGUGGAAAAAAUGGUGAAAACAGUAACAAAAAUUCUGAACAAGUUGACCCUAAUCAGUCAAGAAGUUUCUCUAACUUUGAUUCAACUAUAUACAGUUACUCCUCUGAAGAGUCAUAUGAUUCGUCCGAUAGUAUUAAGGAUUUUGAAAAUGGCGAAAAUAGUAGUAAAAAAUCGAAAGUUAGAGAAGCCAUUUUUAAUUUAAAACGAGCUUUGAAAAUAAAGAGGAACUAUUUAUCAAUAAGCAGAGAGAAUAGCAGUGAAAAUAUUCAGGAUGAUGAUUAUUAUGAGUAUAUAAAAAAUAGUAAAAAAGUAAAAAAUUUACAAACAAGAAAUAUAUUUUUAGUUAUGUUACAAAAUUUAGAACUAAAUUCAAUAAAGUAUAUAUAUAAAGGUGUUUUAAAUAUGCUAAUAAGUUAUAAAUUAUACUUUGAAAAUUAUGAAGAAGAUAUAUUUUAUAUAAACAAUUAUUUAUGCUUGUUUUGGAAUCUCAUGAAUAACAACAAAUUGGUUGUAAACUAUGUAAAAAAUCAUAAUAGCAGUAUGUUUUUAUUUUACAUAUUAUAUAUAUUAAUAUGUUUUAAUAAUAAACGAAAGAAAGAAAUGCAAUUAUUUUCCGACAUAAAAAAAAGUGAACCAUUAAAUGGAGCAAGUAUAAAUCUUAAUAAUAAUGGAAAUAUAGAUCACGAUGGAGGUGAUGAAAAACAUAUAAGCAAUAUAAAAACUGAAGAUUUAAAUAAUGAAAAAGAUUUUUAUAAUAACGAAAAAUUUAAUCAAUCAAAAAAAUGUGAUGAAUUUAAUAUUCGCAAAAUUGAUGGAUUAAUAUACAUAUGCUUAUUUAUAAUAUUAAAAUUAUCAUCAAAUUCAGGUGUAUGUAAAAAUUUAAAUCAAAAAUAUAAUCAAAAAAUAAAAAUAAAUUCUCUUAUAAAAAAUGUACACCAAUUUGAAACUUAUGUUGACUUUUUAAUAUAUGCCUUAUGUUUACUAAUUAAUGACAAUAUCUAUUUUUUAAAGUUUGAACGGAUUAUAGAUAUGGCUAUUAUUAUACUUACAAAUAUCAGUGUCUAUAUAAAAUCAAUGAGCAUAUAUUCCUGCGAAUGCAUAAUUAAUAUUUUGAAAAAAAUAUUAAAAAAAGAAUGGAUAUUAUCUUCACAAUAUCAUCAUUAUGCAUUAUUUCUUUUACUGGAUUUUAUAAAUAAUAUUUUAUCUCACAAUUUAAAUGAUAAUUAUAAUCUUGUAUAUAUCAUUAUAAAGAACAGAGAUGUGUUUAUUUCCAUUAAUAAUUUGGAUGUUACCCUAAAAGACUGUUUUAUCUUCACUCCAAAUUUAGACAAAGAUUAUUGGGUGCCCACCGAAAGUUGGCUAUCCAACUGGAAAAAUAAACUUCCCCUCCAUUUUGUUAAUGCCAUAAUUUACGAUUUGGCUAGUAUGAUUGAAGAAGAGUGUGAUAAAAAGGAAAUAUUGGACUAUAAUGAAGUCGUAAAUUUAAUAAAAACAGAAUGCUCAAUAAUAAAAAAUGAGAAAAUACCGUUUAUCAUAAGAAAAUAUGAGAAAAAUAUUUUCUUGUCUAAAUGGUUUACAAAUUAUAUAUAUUUUUUAUUAUUUUUCCAUUUUUAUAAACAAAAUAUUUUUAUAAAUAAUGGAAUUAAGUUUAUAUUUUAA